UGUCAAAGUGAAACCCGAUUGUUUGCGUACCCGAAAGAGAAACUUUGUCCCUUGGUAAACUGUUUCGUUAGUCGUCCGCCAAGAUUACGAACCGUACCCGAUCUAACGAUGGCAGGCUCUGCCUUACGACGAUUGAUGGCCGAAUACAAGCAACUAACAUUGAACCCUCCGGAAGGCAUCAUUGCGGGACCGAUCAGUGAGGAAAACUUUUUCGAAUGGGAAGCGCUAAUUACUGGACCAGAAGGUACCUGCUUCGAAGGGGGUAUAUUCACAGCGAAACUAAUCUUUCCUCCUGACUAUCCGCUGAGCCCACCGAAGAUGAAGUUUACGUGCGAGAUGUUCCAUCCAAACAUCUUUACCGAUGGCCGAGUUUGCAUAUCCAUUUUGCAUGCCCCGGGGGAUGAUCCGCUAGGUUAUGAACUGUCUGCGGAGCGUUGGAGUCCUGUACAGAGCGUGGAAAAGAUUUUAUUAAGCGUUGUCAGCAUGCUGGCAGAACCGAAUGACGAAUCCGGGGCUAACGUCGAUGCGGCUAUCAUGUGGCGUGAAAAUAGGGAAGAAUUUAACAAAAUUGCUAAGCGCAUUGUUCGCAAAACGUUGGGCCUUUCAUCGUAAGGCGCGAGAACAAUAUCGCGUAAUGGGCCAGUGGUAGUUUUGUUUUGUUGUUUAUGCUAUGAUUCUAUUGGAUGUAAUAGAUGGAUCAAAAGAUUAUGUACUAUCACAAAAAAAGGAAAUGGUAGAGUUUCAAGGUGC